AUAUAUUUUCCUAGUCCUUGUUCCGUCUAAAAGAGAAUGACUAGUUGAAUGCGGUACGGGACCACCCGACACGACGUACGAUUUUUCCAGCGAUGUCGCUGCCCGGGAAACCAAUUUUUACGUUGCACCCCGUUUGUUUUUAACUGGAACGAAUCGCAGAAGGCAAGAUGUAAAUUCGGGCAUCACUUCGACAGGUCAACCUUCAGAAGUAAUCGAUCAGAAAGAUGUAUUUAUUAUCUAUGUUUUGAACAAUUGCUGGCCUGGCGAUAAAAGCGGAUGUUGUCAUUGGUCAUUGUCAUACAGGAAGUAUUUCACAUAUACUUCAGAGUUAUGUAUAACGGAAGGGAGCAUCCGGAGAUCCUUCUGCAUUAGUGAGAAAGUCAUCUUGGGUAACGGCUUUGAAGCGCCAUCGAAUGCUGAAGCUUUUCGUACCGCUUUACUCAAUAUCAUUCCGGUGGUAACCUGGAAGAAAGUGAUGAAAUGCAUCAGCUGAAAACGUCGGAUUGCUGGUUACCCGUCGCAUUCUGCAAAAGCUUCGUGUGGAUACUCUGUACACUGGAUUUUUACUGUGGAAGAAUAUUUGGUCGAACUAGUCUAUGACGGACCAGGAGCGUUCCGGUGCUACUUAGAUGUUACCCUCGCCCGCACCACCACUGGAGUCCGCGUCUUUGGUGCCAUGAAGGAUGCCGACGAUGGUGGCAUCAACAUCCCGCACUCCGCCAAGCGUUUCCCAGGAUACAUCGCUGAAGUUCACCACGCUCAUAACUUCGGCCAACACGUCGCCGAUUAUAUGCGCACCCUGGAGGAAGAGGGUGAGGAGACGUACAAGCGCCAAUUCAGCAAAUCAUUGGCCUCGGAAUCAAGGUUGACGAUCGGCUUUGAAGCGCCACCAAAUGCUGAAGCUUUUCGUACCGCUUCAUUCCGGCUAAGGUAAUCCGGCAGGAUAUAAGUUACCGAUGAUUCUUUGUGGAAUUGGUCGGUGGAUGAGUAACUUGGAGGAAAGUGAUGACAUGCAUCCAUAGCGUUUACAAAUUAACCAAUGUCAACUUGGGCAAUAUGCGGAAACUUCUGGAAUGAUGAUCCAGCGUCCGAUGAUGAGAAAACAAGGAAAAUUGUAUCGACGACACAGACUUAUGGAGAUACAAAAGUAGAUGAUGUUGUGAACCAAAAAAUAGAUUAUAUAUGAAUAUCUUAUGUACAUGUAAUACAUUUUAAUAUAUUCAAUGUACAAAUCCUUUAAAAA